GACGUAAGACGUCAAGUGAAAAGUCUUGUUUAUUAGUCAUUUUCACUUAACAUUUUUGUAAUUUUAUAUUUCAAUAGAUCAUUACUUGAGAUUAUAAUAAUAAGAUUGAAAAUAUAUCAGAUAGGGAUUGCAAUAAAUAUGUACUCAACUUGAAGUUGAAUUGUUUAAUAUUUGUUAGGAAAACUUUUAGUCUACGGAUAAAUAUAAUAAAAAAUGGAGCUUCAAGACACGUACUAUAACAAAUCUGAAUACGUCGAAACUGCUUCAGGAAACAAAGUCAGCAGACAAACUGUACUCUGUGGAUCCCAAAAUAUAGUAUUACAUGGCAAAGUUAUAGUUCAAAGCGAUGCAAUAAUCAGAGGUGACUUGGCUAAUGUUAAAACUGGGAGAUUCUGUAUUAUCAGCAAGGGUUCAGUUAUUCGGCCACCUUUCAAAAAGUUUAGCAAAGGGGUUGCAUUCUUUCCUCUACAAAUGGGUGAUCAUGUUUUUGUGGGGGAGAAUACAGUGGUAAAUGCUGCUGUUGUGGGUUCAUAUGUCUAUAUUGGAAAAAAUGUUGUUAUAGGUAGAAGAUGUGUACUUAAAGACUGUUGCAUGAUUGAGGAUAACUCAGUGCUGCCUGCAGAAACUGUAGUGCCUUCAUUUGCAAGAUACUCUGGCAACCCUGCAAGACUCAUAACAACACUCCCUGAAGCAAUGCCUGAUUUAAUGACUGAAUUUACAAAGAGUUAUUAUCAACAUUUUUUACCAACUACUGUGAAUUAAGAAAUGUAAAGAGAAAUCUUUAAACAUUGUCAGCUGACAAAAAUCAAUAAUGUAGAAAAAAAAUUGUCAGACAUUAUGAUUUAUGUAUUACUUACUUAAGUAUCAACAAUUAACAUAAUAUUUCACUUGAAUAACUUUUCAGAGAAACAUGUGUUGAUUUGUAAAUUGUAAGGGCUAAAUUAAUUAUAAUUUAUAUUAUGUUUAUGAUAGUCACACAUAUAUAUUUAUAACAAUAAAUAUUAAGUAAAGGCUAC